AUGGAUGCUUCGAACGAGCUAAAUGCGCUAGAUAAACUUCUCAAGCAGGAAGAAACAAUAGUUCACACAAAACAUCAUCUUUCUCUAAGAUAUACUCUUGAGAAUAGUAUAGAGGAAGAAUAUAAGAGAGAUAAAUGCUUUGAAAAACAGCUCUCCAAGAACAUUCUACUCCAAAUUCCGGAUAGCUAUCUUGAAAAAGCUGUUCCCGACCCCCAAAUAGCAUCCAGAGCACAUCUAUUCUACGAAAACCACAACCAAGGGGAUUUACUGACAGGUGGAAGCAGCUGCCUUGACGUCCUAAGACAUAAAAGUACUAUUGAAAAUGCUAUAUAUGACCACACAAACAUGCGUAUCGGAAAUCCGCUGGAAAACUCAAACCAUCUUGAAAACCCUUCACAUCAUUCUUCAGAAAACCACACAUCUCUUCCUAAGCAUACACUAGAUUUCACUCCAUCAUCCGCAAGCGAAAAAUCUAAACAAGAAUCUAUUAUAACAGACGAGAAAAUGAGAAAUGUAAUGGAUAAUACUGCUCUAGUUAAAUCUUUACUAGAUUCAUUUAAAAACCCAUCAAUUCCAGAAUCUCAAUCGUUAGGACCUCCCCCUAACGCACCAGUAGUUGCAAGCAGAUAUGAAGGAGAUAAGAAUUCAAUGCAGCAAAAUCAUCAAAGCAGAGAACAAGACGAAAUCAAUAAUAAUGGAAAUACCGAUCUCUUAAAUAAGAUGGAAAAUUUCUCCAACGUUAUGCAAGAUUUGUUGAGUUCCAUGAAACCUUACCUAGAACAACAGAAAAAUGCAAUAGACAGUCCCAACAUGUCUUCAUCAAGCUCUAACGCAAAAAUCAUAUUACCUACUGAGCGACAGUAUAUACCCAAUAAUUCAUCAAGCGGCCAAUCUCAGAAACAGUUUCCAAAACUUAAAAAACAGCGUUCUCAAUCUCAAACGAGGCAGCAGCCGAAGAGUUCAAGAUAUCAGAAUACAAAUGAAUUGUAUCAGGAAAGUUAUAAUGCUAAUAAAAAAAAUAAUAAUGGUAAAACUCAUAUCCAAAACGUCGCUUCUGCUGUAUCAAAUAGAGGUCAUAAGCGUGUAAUUGAAUCAAAUGAAAGAGGGAAGCCUAAAGCGCUAAAACGAAUGCAGAAGAUCGCAAAGGAGCAUAAUCUAUAA